AUUUCCUCUUCUGCUUUUCCCAAGCAUCGACCAGCGAGAGAGAGAGAGAGAGAGGUGAGAGGGAGAUGGUCUCGCUGAAGCUUCAGAAGCGGCUCGCCGCCAGCGUUCUCAAGUGCGGCAGAGGCAAGGUCUGGCUUGAUCCCAAUGAAGUCAACGAAAUCUCUAUGGCCAACUCCCGCCAGAACAUCAGGAAGCUGGUUAAAGAUGGUUUCAUUAUCAGGAAGCCCACAAAGAUCCACUCUCGGUCUAGGGCCCGGCGCAUGAAGGAGGCCAAGAGAAAGGGCCGUCACUCAGGAUAUGGUAAGCGCAAAGGUACGAGGGAGGCAAGGCUGCCCACAAAGAUAUUGUGGAUGAGGAGGAUGCGCGUCCUUAGGCGUUUGCUCCGCAAAUAUAGGGAAUCAAAGAAGAUUGACAAGCACAUGUACCAUGACAUGUACAUGAGGGUGAAGGGUAAUGUAUUCAAGAACAAGCGUGUGCUGAUGGAGAGCAUUCACAAGUCUAAAGCAGAGAAGGCCAGAGAAAAGACAUUGUCUGACCAAUUCGAGGCCAAGAGGGCAAAGAACAAGGCAAGCAGGGAAAGGAAAUUUGCUAGGAGGGAGGCGCGUUUGGCCCAGGGACCUGGUGAAAAUCCAGCAGCAGCACCACCAGCUACAGCACCUGCAGCCGAGGUACAAAAGAAGGCAAAGAAGUGAAACCGUUAUGAAGAACACUGAAGAGUACACAAAUUUUGGUGUUCCUUGUGUCUUUAGUAACUAUGUUAGAUUAAUUUUGCCUACUUGUUUCUGUUUGUUCUGGAACUUACUGUUUCAUGUGGUAGAAAGACGGAGUCUGAUGAUUUUCAAAGUUCUAUUUAGAUCCUUGUCUUUCCAAUUAUUACCGUGGAUUUCAUUCUUUUA